AUGGGUCCCCUUCCCCCGUGUUACUUUGCAUUUUCUUCGUUUUCUUCCCUUUCUCUUCUCUUCCACUUCAUUAUUUUCUCUUCAACCUUUAAUGGGUUGUUGAAAUUGCGAACUGUGUUACAGAGGAAGGGCGAAUCCACGACGCACUACCCGGAAUUAGUGUUAAACAAUUUCAACACAAGGCUGGGACAUACGAUUGCACGAAUGUUCGCAUGUUUAUUCCCACAGAAGCCAAUGUAUACGGGUCGUCGUGUGGUCACAUUCCAUAAUCAGCGCGAUUACAUAUUUUUCAGGCAUCACAGAUACGAAUUCAAAAAAGACGGUGAAAAAGCAGCCCUACUCGAACUUGGGCCACGUUUUACACUGCGAUUAAAAUGGUUGCAACGCGGUGUAUUCAACACACGAGAAGGCGAAUACGAAUGGGUCUUGAAGGUAUCUUUUUUGGGGGUAGAAAAAUUUCGAAAAUUAGGAAUACAGGGCGUUGCGAAUUUGGCGAAUAAGAAAUCUAGUGAAAUAUUCGGAUUUAUUCUUUGUCGGAUAAAAAUACUCGCUCAGCCAAACCUCUUUUUCGUACUUCGCCCUAUGUGA